CCACCUGAGUUUUGAAAUGAUUCCGAGUUAUAAUAGCUUUGACCAGAUGGCAGCGAAAUGCGUAAAGACGAGAUAUAAACCGUUGUUAUUGUCACGACGGGAUGGCAGAUUCCAAACAGGAUUUCUUUUUUCUUUUCUUUUUUUGCAUGAGGGCAAAGAGUUUGUUUUUGUUUGUAAGGAUCGGACAUUUCACUUCUCCCCUCUUCCCUGUAGCCUUAUGUGUAGACUUUACGUAACGGUACAGUGAGACAGCAGCACUGAGCAAGACGGCUGAAGAGCCUCUCCGUUUCUCUGACCGUUGCGCUGUCUGACCUUGAAGUGAAUUUUCCAGGAUACCCACUUCCGGGAAAAUUGCGGCAUUGGCCUGAAUGCUCCAAGCUAGCAAGCAGCCAGAACGUCUGCUUUUGUAGAGGCAGUCACCUCUGCUGAUGGUCAACAAAUCAAGUGCGAAUCAAGUUUGAUUACCCUCAUAAUUACCCUGGAAGUAUGGGACAUAGUUUUUCACAGGACUGCAUCCUGUGAAAUAUUUGAACGUGCCAAGUAAAGGGAACGCAAAACAUGGCUGGUUUGAUGGCAGGUUUCGGUCAUUACACCCACGCCGUCGUCCGGGGAAUCCCUGCGUCCCUGGCCAAAGAAGCGCUCCGGAGCAGCCAGACGGAGGUGGACCUGGCCAAGGCGGUGAAGGAGCACGAGGCAUACGUCGAGGUCCUGAGGACGAGGCUCGGGCUGGAGGUGGUCGAGCUCCCCGCGGACGAGUCACUCCCGGACUGCGUGUUCGUGGAGGACGCGGCCGUGGUGUGCGGUGACACGGCGCUCAUCACCAGACCCGGGGCUGAGAGCAGGAGAGGAGAGACGGAGGCAAUGAAAGGGGCACUGAAGGAUUUAAAUCUGAACAUUGUGGAAAUGACUGAUGAGAAUGCGACACUGGAUGGAGGAGAUGUCCUUUUUACGGGUCGAGAGUUCUUCGUGGGACUUUCCAAACGGACCAAUCAGAGAGGAGCAGAGAUCUUAGCAGAUGCAUUUAAGGACUAUGCUGUUUCCACUGUGCCUGUGCUCGAAGGCCUGCACCUGAAGAGCUUCUGCAGCAUGGGAGGACCAGGCCUUAUUGUAAUCGGCUCCAGUGAACCAGCACAGAAAGCCCUCAAAAUAAUGCAGCAGAUGAGUGACCAUCGCUACGACAAACUGACAGUGCCCGACGACCUCGCCGCCAACUGCAUCUACAUGAACCUGCCCAGCAAGGGACAUGUGCUUCUACACUGCACAGCAGAGGAGUUUCCAGAGAGUGCAAAGGUGUUUGAGAAGCUGAAGGACCACAUGCUGAUACCCAUGUCCAACUUGGAGAAGGUCAAAGUGGAUGGAGCCCUAACAUGCUGUUCUGUACUCAUCAACAAGAAGGCAAACAUCUGAGCGGGGUCACUCGGGGUCUCUCAGUGCAUGGUAACCAAGCGGAGCCUUUAACUAAUCACCAUGGAUCCCAAGGUUUGACCGUCCUGGUAUACAGAGGAGGUGUAGGGAAGUUUAAUGUUGCUGAGGGGCAAAGGGAGUAAUCUGUCUACCCUUUCACUCCAAAACACUAAAAUAAAAUUAAAAGUUUGAAAGAAUAGUUCAGUUGAUUUAAAAUACAAUAUGUUCGUCAAAUUUUCUCCUUAUUAAUUCAUUUGUAUUUUCCAAUAGCGUAUGCUGCUUCACUUGUCUACAAGCUGCUGUCAUUAAUUACAAGUGUAUCUGAUAAAGACCUGAUCCCAGAUCAGAUUAGUCAACUAUGUGCCAUGUUGAAUUUCCCCUUUAACCUGCACAGCAGGUAGAACCACAUUAGUAGAACCACACUUACUUACUGUCCAGUGUUUACAACUCUUUAAAAGAACCACACAGAACAGAGCGCUGGCGACAAACCCAGUGGGACCUGUCAGCUGUUGUCUCUGUACAGUAUAGUCUUACCAACAUUUGACUUCAGAUGUAUUAAUAAUUCAGCUAAUUCAGACAUCAUUUGGGUACAAAUAAAAAUGAUACAAUUGAUGUGCAUUGUUUAUGUUCACCCUUUUAACUGUAAUUUCAUUUGCUUAUGUAAUGAAUUAUACACUAAUUCUUCAAGAACUCUGUUUUGGAGCAAGUCCUGCUACGAUGUGAAAUCUCAAUGUGAUUGUUGCACUUUUUUUCCUCUUGUAUGUCGAAUUGCUUCUGUUCUACGGUGGCCCUGAGAGGCCAAAUGGACUGCAACUUAAGCAAACACCAGCAAUAAGAAAAAUGCUGCAAAAGCACACAAAACACAAUGGAAAUAGGAAAAACGACAACGUAAAUAGGAAAAACGAAAAAAGAAAUAGCAAAACACUGAUUUCCAAAAGCACAAGGGAAGUGUUUCUGGGGAGACAAUAACCCGACGGACUAGUUGCAGGAACCAAAAUAUGCUAAGAUUGCACUGGGAGACACUUAAAAGAAGUGGAGGAUCUAUCGGUUUUGUGUGGAAAGAAAAGAUGAGAGGUAAGUGUGUUAGCCUGACUAUUAGCCUAAAAAUCCAUCACCAGUAUUAUAUGAAUCAUGAUAAAACACGCCUACCAUGUUUUGGGUUCCUGCAACUGGUCCGUCAGGUUAUUGUCUCCCCAGAAACACUUCCCUUUUUUUCACUUCCCUUCCUAUUUUUGUUUUCGUUUUUCCUAUUUCCGUCGUCAUUUUUCCUAUUGCUGGUAUUUUCUUAAGUUGCAGUCCGUUUGGCCUCUCAGGGCCACCGUACUGUUCCUUUACAAGUGGUGCUAAAACAAACUUCCAAAACCAUAACAUUGCUUAUUAAUUCAAACAAAUAUUGUGAAUUCUUAUUCUGAAAAUACAGUUCUUAAAAUACUUGAAAAGCCUUGUGGAGAUGUGAGAUUCUGGUGUGAUUACAGUGAUUUUUUUUUUUUGCAUUAUAACUUGUUUUUCAUUAAAGCCACCCGAUAGAGAAGCUACCAGUGAAUGAAGAUUAUAUAUAAAGAUGGAUGUCACCUCCCAGACUGGGGAAAAAGAAAACAAAACAAUUAGGCUUGUGUGGAAGUGCCUUAAACCUGCAUUACUUAUAAUGGGCACCAGGGGGCGACACCUUUUGUUAAAAAAAGACGAAAAGAUCAUGGAUUGUAUGGAAGUCUAUAAGAAAAUGAUCCUACUUUGCAUUUGUUGUAUGACUUCGGAAAACAUGGAUGAGUUUAUAGUGUCAGUCGGUGUCCGAUAAAACAAUGCCGUGGUAUCGGCAUCAGUUAAAACAAUAUGGCAUUGUUUUAAUUGAUUUUAAAUGAUGAUCUAUUUAGGGUAAAACACGUAAAGGUAAAGAUGAAGCAGGAUAUUCUUUAGCGUCCAAUGUCACUUGUUUUUUGUUUUGUUUUAUUUAGUCAGAUCUACUCCUUGCUCGUCCAGGUUCAAAACAUUAAGAUGGUGAUGACAAAAAUGCUCCUUGCAAACCAAUGUGUAGCUGUAUCCAUCUUUUAUAUACAGUCUAUGGCAGUAACUGGUCAAGUGAUGCUAUAUUGCAGUGGUUUUGUAACGUUUUGUUGAUGUAAACAUUGUAUAAACAAAGAGGGGAUGACAGACAUGUAAGAAAGACUUUGUGCCAACCCAGCAGAGGUGGAAAAUUAAUGUUUUCAUUAUUAAACUCUGAACUAGACUUUCAUUUACUCGAACAGAACACCUCUGCUUCUUUUAAUCUACAGUGCCUCUCUGGAAAAUCAAUGACUUCAAUCCUGCUGAAUGAUUCUGAAGGCAGUGUAGUUUUCUCACAUCAUUAACUGUGCCAGUGUCGUUAAUUACUCUAAUUUUUUCUUCUUUUUUUUCCCCCUGUAUGGCAGUUUUCACUCCACUGUUGACUAAGAUCUUGCUGGGAAACUCUCUGUCUCACAGAACCCAGUAGGACCAAAUGUCACUGCAGACAGAGUUUGUAGUCAAAUACAGAACAAGCUGUUUGCUGUGUUUCCAUGUGUUGUGUCCCAGUAGGAGCUGAAAGGUUGACCUGCCUCGGUGGCCUUAUUCCUGUUGUUGCUGAAUUCACGUUUUUAGGGCCUGUAAACAUGGCAACAUAGCAUACGUAAACACGUAUACUGUGUUACACCGUAUGUAUGUUAAAGCCCAUCAGAUUUCAAACCAUGUCGUUUCUCACUCUGAUUGCAAGUGAAAGUUAAGGAAAUGACAUCAUGAGGUGAGUCAACCUCCCUCCACAGACAUUUGUGUAUGGGCAAGUGGGCAGUGAUGAAACAUGGAAAGAAUUCUUGUUGGGAGGAGAGGCUUGUACGCCAGUAAACACUGACUCUUUUAAGCUUUCUCUCUUUCUCUCAACUGUCUCCCUCUCAUAGCUCGCUUUUCUCCCACCCUCUGCGAUUGCCUCAUAGACGAUUGUGGGCUAAUUUAUGGCCAUGAUAUCAUACAGUCUGGCGAACGCUGUAGAUGUGCCAUUAAAGUGCGACAGCAGUAUAUUUUACAGAAGGCGGCUGGCUGGAUGCGGGGUGAUAGCAUACAGUAGUUGCAGAGCCAUUUGUGAUUCUCAUACAGUGAGUGAUACAGUCAUACACUGUCUGAUUAGUACUGUGUCAAGAGCUGGCAUUAUCUAAAAUCAUCAACCUCCUCGAGUGACACCAAAAUAUUCAAUAAAUGUCUGAAUGAACAUUUAAUGCAGUUCUUGCUUUUUGAAGACGUUCCCAAACAGUGCAGUGAUUUUGUUAAAUAAUUCUUGUUCAUUUUCUUGUUGGUUCCCUCGUCCGCACCAGUGGUCACGAUGUUGUGAUUUCCCAUGUUUCAUCUCAGGUCUUAAGUACAGUUUGUGAGUGAUAAUUAUUUGAAUCAUCUUACAUUGAGCCUUUCAAUUAUUUUGUGUAAUAAAUUAACAUCUAGCUGUAAUGUGUCUGUUGGU